AUGAUCUUCCUCGUUAUUAUUCUAGUUCUCUUCCUCUAUCGCGCAUUCUCUAUCCUACCCAACAAAUCCAGAAAGCCCAAACGCUUGUCAGUGGGCAAAAAUAGCUGUAGUAUAGCUGUCUUCCUAGGUUCAGGAGGCCAUACCAAUGAAGCGUUAUUGCUCAUCUCGGCCCUGGAUGUAGAUCGAUAUGGUCCGAGAACUUAUAUUGUCUCUUCCGGAGACGAUCUAAGUGUUCAGAAAGCAAUUAAAUUCGAAUCUCAAAUUUCUGAGGGCAAUAAGUCCAAUUAUUACAUGUUGUCCAUUCCGCGAGCAAGACGAGUUCACCAAUCACUUCUCACUGUACCUGCUUCCACGGCGUACUCGUUCAUAUAUUGCGUCUACUGUCUGGCAUUCCGACCUUUGUUUGAUCCAAAUACUCCAGGAUAUCCAGACGUAUUACUCCUGAACGGACCAGGGACCUGCUUUGUUCUCUGCCUCGCUGUUUAUGUGAACAAAUUCCUCGGCCUACAUGCACCAUUGAUAAUUUAUAUUGAGACAUUUGCGCGGGUAAAGUCUCUGUCUCUAUCUGCCAAACUAAUCCGCCCUCUUGCUGAUAGGUCUGUUGGAUUUGUUCUGAAAGCAAUAUGA